AUGCAAAGAGAAAGAGAUACAUUGACAGUUGCUAGAGUGAUAGGUGAUGUUUUGGAUCCAUUCACAAGGUCUAUUAACCUAAGAGUUGUUUAUAACAAUAGAGAGGUUAGAAAUGGUUGUGAUUUGAGGCCUUCUAUGGUUAUCAACCAACCUAGUGUUGAAAUUGAAGGGGAUGAUCUUCAAACUUUUUACACUCUGGUUAUGGUGGAUCCUGAUGCUCCAACUCCGAGCAAUCCUUACCACAAGGAGUAUUUGCACUGGUUGGUCAAUGAUAUCCCAGCAAGCACAGGAGUAACCUUUGGCAAUGAAGUUGUAUCUUAUGAGUGCCCAAGACCUACAAUGGGAAUACAUCGACUUGUUUUAGUUUUAUUUCGUCAAUUGCGUCGAGAAAUUGUCCAUGCUCCCGAAAAUCGCCAAAAUUUCGAUACAAGGGAGUUUGCAAAGGUCUAUAAUUUUGGAUUGCCGGUAGCUGCGGUUUAUUUCAAUUGUCAAAGAGAAAAUGGUACUGGUGGUCGUCGAAUAUAAUUUUGUU